AUGCAUGUCUAUAGUUUGAAAUUGAAUUCAUGGCGAAAGAUUCGGGAUUUUCCAUAUUACCUUCGAUACAAGAGGGAUCGCGGUAAGUUUGCUUACGGUGCUUUUCAUUGGGUUGUGAGUAGGAAACCGAAGUCUGAUAUUACAAAUUUGAUUUCUGCCUUUGAUGUUGGAACUGAGGAGUAUCGGUUGGUGCCCCAGCCAGAAUAUGCGGAUAAAAAUUUUCAUAUGAAUGUGGAGGUAUUGGGAGGAUGCUUGUGUUUGCUUUGCAAUUAUUAUCCACACCAUAUUGAUGUAUGGGUGAUGAAGGAUUAUGGGGUGAAGGAAUCUUUCGAGUUUUUUAGGUCGAUUGCAUAUUCAUAGAGUGGUGUGCAAGUACUUUUGGAUCAAGACAAUACAAGGCUUAUUUGGUAUGACCUUGAUAAGAAGACGAUGAAGAAUGUUAAGGUUCGUAGCGUGCCUGCAUAUUUUGAACUAGAUGUAUGUCUGGGAAGCCUUGUUCAACUUAAUAGUCGUGGUGGGGAAAGUAAUGGGAAGAAGCGGCAAGAAGAAAAGGAAGAAAAAGAAUGAUCUAAAGAAAAGAGACGAUUUCCUGUCGGAGGGCUUUAAUCUGGCGCUUUAAGCAACUGGGGCUGUGUAAAAAUGAGAAGCUGAAGAGAUAAGAUUUGCGUGGAUCCAUGAAAUCUUCGAAUACUCUCUGUUUCGGU